AUGUUCGGCUGCUUCCUUGGUGGCUGGGUAGCAGACAAAUAUGGCCGCAAACCUGGCGUUUGGUUUGGAUCUUUGCUUUGUGCUACUGGCGGAGCGUUGAUGGCCGCCUCACAGAAUUCGAACAUGUUCAUCGUUGCACGCGUCGUUGCUGGCCUUGGUAUUGGAUUCAUUAACUCGAUUAUCCCACCUUGGGUCUCAGAGCUCUCCCAGGCACAUAACCGAGGAGCGAGCUUCGCCCUUGUCUUCGUUGCAAACUUCCUCGGUAUCAUCCUAGCGUAUUGGAUCAACUUCGGUGUUCGCAACACUGGAGAGCAGUUCCGAUGGCGCUUUCCGCUCGUCUUCAUGACACUGCCGUCUAUAAUGAUUCUCCUCUCCACCACUCUUCUCCCAGACUCCCCUCGCUGGCUCAUGGCCAAUGACCGUGAAGACGAAGCUGUCGAAAUUCUCGCCAAACUCCGAGGAGACCUUGCAAGCAAUGACGCCGGUUUGGUGAACGAGGUAGCACGGUUGAAAGCAAUUGUGCAGGAAAGUCAUCACAAAAGAAAUAAUUUCCUCAACCUUGUUAUCGGUCGUUACUCCGGCAGAUUGCAUUUAGGACGAAGAGUUUGGAUGGGGUUUGUUCUUCAACAAAUUACCUGUUUCACUGGUAUUUUGGCUAUCGCUACAUACGCCGGCAACUUGUUUGCUCUUGCGGGUUUCGAUGCGUACAAAUCUUCAUGGUUGGCUGGACUUGUCAAUACCUUUGGGGUUUUUGGCACUGCUGCAGCUGCGCUCGUAAUUGACCGUUUGGGCCGCAUCAAAUCUCUCCAAGUUUCAUUCAUAACCCAAGGCAUGGCGCUCUUCAUCCAGGCCGCCUUAAUCCGCAGUGCCGAGCUCUCACCGGAGGGAUCCGCCAAACGCACGAGCCUGGGAAUGGCCUCGGCAGCAAUGGUGUUCGUUUUCCUCUGGUGCUUCACCAUGUUCAACAUCGUGCCAUCUUGGAUUUAUGCGACGGAAAUCUGGCCCCAAGAGAUCCGUGCCAAGGGUUACGCUUUUACAAUUUUUGGAUGGGCGGUCGGUUGUGGAGCAAAUACGUUUAUCAUUCCUAUCAUGCUCGACAGACUGGGAUGGAAAACUUUCCUGGUGUUUGGAUGUUGCAACAUCAUCUCUAUGCCGCUCGUAUGGUUCUUUUUGCCGGAGGUUGCGGGGAAGCCGCUCGAGGCUGUGUCAUUAUUGUUCAGUGCUGACUCGGUGCUGGUGAGCGAGAACGUGAGAGAAUAUGAGAGAAUGAUGGAUGAGGCUGGAGGUAGUGUGGCCGUCGCUACAAGUCGUCUGUUGGACAGUGUUGACCGAGAGAAUGGUGAGCCUGAAAAGAGAAGAAUUAGCUCUACGAAGGAAGAGCCGUCUAUGAUUCAUGUGGAGGAAAUAAAUGUCUGCUAG